AUGGGGAGUUAUGAUUUAAAAAAAACUACUCCAUUGCAGUGUCCUCCGCUGCAGUCCCAGCAACUGCGGAGGCUCUCUUUACCCUUGCCAGAGUCUGGGCGGCGGAGCCCCACCUGCAGGGCUGCUCCAAGCUUCCCGGGAACGGCCUCGUCUCCGUGCCCACCCACCCUCUGCAGAGGACCCGGGUCCCAGUGGCCCAAAGUGGCUUCUGUUCCAACAUGUUCCUUUAGAGUGACAGAGACGAAGCUUCAGCCAGAAGCCGGGGCUGGGGAUGAAACCCAAGGCCUGGGACCUGCCAAGCAACGGCUCUAUCAACUGAACUACUGGCCCGGCCCAGCCCAGCUGCUGCAUAUUAAGGCAGACUACAGCUUGGCAGUGCGAGCCACGGAUUUCGGACCCAGCACCCCAGUGGCGGCGGAUCUCAUUCCAGGGAUUUGGACCCAGCUUCGUCCAUUUGGGAGGCUGAGGAAAGGGAAGCAGGAGUUGAAAGCCAGCUUGGGCUGCAAGAGAUCCAUCCUCAAGCAACAGCAGGGCCAGGCACUUCUUCACAGCAUCAUUCACCGUGCCAGGAAGCAAAACAGCCCGGUCCACCAGUGCCUGAAAGGAUGGAGAAAACAUGGUCUCAUUUCACAGUGGCAUGUCCUGGAACCCCAGCUACUUAGGAGGAUAGGGCAGGAAUUAAUCCCUGAAGUUCAAGGCCAGCCUGGGCCACGUAGAAAGACGACAUCUUAAAACCAACCAGCCAAACAUAAACUCCCACAUGCACACAUGAUCUGCUCAUCCAUUAUAACAGUGUUUGGCCCUGAGAAGGCAUGGGAUACUAACCAAUGGCACAGCAGGGGUGAACCUUGAAGACAGUGCAUGGAAGUAAGUGGGUGCCAGGGGCAAAUGUCGUGGAGACAGAAAGCCGAGCAGGAGGAAGGAUAAGGGGGAGCUAUUGCUUAAGGCAUAUAAAGCUUCUGUUGAGAGUGAUGAAAGUGUUUUGGAAAGAGAUGGUGGCGAUCAUUGCACAACACUGAUGGCCACGGCACAAAGGCUGCUUCGUUGUGUGCUUAAGAAACAUUAAAAGGCUAGGUGGGGGAGACGGUGCACAGACGAAUCCCGGAGCUUGGGAGGCAGAGGCAGGAGGAUCAAGGUCAUCAUCGGCUACAUAGCCAGUAUGAGGGUCAUAGCCUGGGAUGCAUGAGACCCUGCCUCCAAAUGAGUCAGAACAGUACAUCAUCUGUCCUCUUUCAUUUCUCCUUAUAGAUUUAUUCAUUUUAUGUGUGUGACUGUGUGGAUACCAUGGGUGUGCCUGGUACCCACAGAGGUCAGAAGAGGGCAUUGGAUCCCCUGGCACUGGAGUUACAGAUGGUUGUGAAUUGCCAUAUGGGUGCUGGGAACUGAACCGUGGUCCUCUGCAAGAGCAAGUGCUCUUAACCGCCGAGACUUAGCCUCAUCUUGAUACUGGCUGUUCACUGCCGAGCUUCUACCACCCCGAUAGAGCUCCAGACAUGUCCCCUUGGCUUUUCUACUAGAAAUCUAAUGUUCCUGAGCUGAGAAAACUCAAGGGCCUCUUGUUAAACCUGCUCUCUGGAAUUCGGCAUGGUCAAACACACCUGUAAUCUCAGCAUUGUAAUCCUAGAAGUCUAGAAUCUUCUCCCUUUGUGCAUGCUUUACUUACUCUUCACAAAUGACCCUUAUAAAUCUUAUCAACCUCCUGA